AAUUGUUCCCAUAAACCUGGUAACAGAGUCAGAAAACUUCUCAGCUAAAGGCCCAUAAGACUUCACAGAACUCACAAUACUUCAUUAUUGCAAUAAUCACAGGAGUCAAGGCUAUCUAAAAGAAGACAGUGAUCUCACAUUUGACUGCCAGCUUUGCUUUCUUUCUCUUGCCUGUUUAAAACUUCAGACUUCCUUUCUUCCUGGUGCCAUGGAUAAAGUCCAAUAUCUCACUCGCUCUGCUAUAAGAAGAGCUUCAACCAUUGAAAUGCCUCAACAAGCACGUCAAAAUCUCCAGAACUUAUUUACCAAUUUCUGCCUCAUCUUGAUAUGUCUCUUGCUGAUUUGCAUCAUCGUGAUGCUUCUCUGAAGUUCGCUGCAACCUCCAAUUCUACAACUUACUACUUUGGCUUAAAAUCUGUCAUACCACGAAGAGGGGAAUAACAACACUGCAUAACAGACCACUUCCUGAGUAGAAGAAUUUCUUUGUGAAAAGGUCAAAAUUCAGACCAAAACAAAUUGUUAGCAAAUUAAUUCACCUACUGGAUCCUGUAAACAUGAAAAGUGCUUCAUUUUCAAAAAUUAACUUAAAAAUGACUAUAAGUAUGCAUAACAUAAGUACUUAUUUCCUUUCUAUAACAAAUCUUUUUUGAGGAUGGAGUAGAGGUUUAGUUUUGAAACCACACUGCUAACAAGUCCACUUCAUAUACAAAGGGUUAGCUUCACUGUUCGUGGCAUACAUAAUUUAGAUUGUACUGUAAAAACUUCUUUGAUACUUGAGUAUUUUUCAGGUCUUCACCUAGUAUCAAAAUAAUGAUUCAAAUGAAGUAUCAUUAAUCAAAAUAGCCCACUGACUCCUCACAUGUUACCUUUACAAUUAUUAUACAGUAGUCUUUGUAGUAACUCUUUAUCAGAAUCUCCAUUCUAAAAGAGAAAUGCUAUUAUUCUUUUAUAUACCACCAUUAACAUUUUUUAAAUGAGAAUCAAGUAGGAAAAAGUAAGGCCACAUUUUUACAAAAAUAAAAUUUCUAUUAAACUAAUUUUUUUUCAAAGAAUUACAGACUUCAAAUACAUACAGGAAAAUUAUAUAUCUGUUUUCUCUAGGACAUUAUGAUCAAUAGAUAAGAACUGGUGGUUUAUUUUAACAUCUGACAGUGUGAUUAGCAGUAAUUACUAAUACAUUAACAGAUCAGCUUAAUGUAAGUCACUGUAGUUGAUUAAGCUAGAAUAUAUAACAUCACACUAUAUCUUUGAAAUAAUGAAAUCUUAGAAUUUAGAAUGAUUUUAUAGAUCAUCUUCUAUUCCAACCGUAUACCCAAUGUGGCAGAGAAAAUAAUUAAAGAUUCCAAAAGACAGAAAAAUCUAUGUCAAUCUUUAAAAAAAUUAAAAAUUUGAAUUCUCUCUCCAGAAAUUGAUUAUAUUUUAACAUGACUUUUUGCCCCACCUACUGUUUAUUAUAGGAUAUAGCUAUUUCCCUUAAUCAACCAGAUGGUAAACACCUACUGUUUUUGCAGGCCAUUUUAAUAAGCUAAAUGAUAGACCCAGCAAUGCUAAUCUACAAUUACUUUUUUGCUGAAUAUUUUUCAAUUUCCCCUCUGAUAAUUUUAAAAUAUCUUCCAACAACUCAUAAAACAGAAGACAUUAAAGAAAAAUUGGGUUGGAAAAUAUAUUCACUAAAAUUCAGUAAUUUGACCAUUUUAAAUUGUCUGAAAUUUUUACACCUAUAGUGCAUAAUCCAACUAUUUUGAACUUCAGUUCAAGACAUGAUACUACAUAGCAAUUAUUAAAGGACUAAAGAAUGUAUAAUUUACCAAAAUAUAGUUACUAAAAGAAUUUGAAAUGUCAAUAUUGAUCUUGGUAGUAAAGGAGACUCUUUUAAAUUCCCUGAGGCUGUGAGAUGCACUAGCAAUGGGGAGGGGAAAGGUUUUGGGAACUAUUAUCUGAGGAACUUAGGGAAAUGGGAUCUCAUACUGCAGGAGGAUUUCUUCAGCAAAGGCUCUCUUACUGGUUGGAGAUUCCUAAUAGUAACUAGAAAGCUUAUAAACAACAUCAUACACUCAACCUCACUGGUUUAGGUAACUACCCAUGCAAAAAGUAACUAAGUUCUAUAAUUAGCUGCACUUAACUUUAAGAGGAAAAUCUUCAAUUAGUCCUAUACUUUUAUUCAUUACAACAUCAACUUUAUACUUAACUGUAAAGUUAUGGGUUAUUUUUCCUCUGUAAAACUGAGGAACUGAAAUCAAAACUCAGGAACUGAAAAGUGAAAUAAAGAAUUUAUUCUGCCUUCGAUAGAAAAUAAAACCUUGUAACUGUGAGGAUUACAGAAUGUAUUGUAAUAUAGAACAAAAACUCAUUUUUUAAACGGGACUUACCUUUUAAUCACAUGUAAAGAGUACGAUAUAUUAAGAAAAUUGUAUUCAAAAACUGUAAAUACAAAAUGCUCAAAUACUUUCUAUUGUAGAAUGAAUUCUAAUCUUAAUUUACAGGGUAUUAAAAAAAGAACUAAUAUUUAAAUGU